UCACCUGGCAAAUUAUCAACCCAACAAAAUGGACAGAUAAAAUGUUUUUCCUUUGAGUCACGCAGUAUGUUUUUGUCCUCUCACGACUUCACGUACUUACGACGGCCCAUAAAUCAGUGUUUAUUUUUAGCGCAAGUAACACAGAGCGGCGAUUUCGUGAUAUUUUUUAUACAUGUUUGUGGAAAAAUAGUGAAACUGUGAACAAACAGCAGAUAAAUUGAUAAUAAAAAAAGGUAAACCGACUGGUGCCGGUAGACUGACGACAUCUAAUCGUUCGGGGGACCUUGAAAAUUCUCAAAAACCACUGGUGAGGUUCAAAAUCAACAAUCGAAGCAGGGGAGAACGAUCAUCGGCCAGCAUCGUUGAGAACUUCACCUUGAGAAGCUCGAACUGUUCGAGUGAAGCAACAACACGAUUCCAGUUGUUGAAGAUGAUACAGUGAAGUUUACUUGAUCGAAUUCUCGUCAAUUAACAGUGCUAUUUCAUCAGUUUGGCUCAUUGUCGUUGUUACGAAUGCUCUGAUUUCUUCAAUGGGAGAACAAUAAACGAAAUAAUAAAAAAUAAACCGGUGCUGAUGCUGAUUGUUGACUCGGAUCGAGUGUGAAUGAGUCUUGAAGAUCGCUGAUUUCCGCAGAAGGGAAAUAGUCGACUGUGUCAGGGAGAAAUGUAAAUUUCUUGUUUGUGGAAUAUCAGCUGGAAGAGUUUCGGGUGAUCCAUGAGCAAGUAACGUUUCGUCACCUCUACCGGCAUUCGUUCGUUCUUGUGGUAUAAUUAAUCGAAGACUUAUAAACAAUCUUCUGAGAAAGAAUCUAAAGGGACUGAAAAACCCUUCUUCAGUAUUCAACGACAUUUACCCUUGUGAAGACAAUUGUUAUUGAUAAUUGAAUAUUGUGUGAGGGAAUUUUUCAUCGACUAAUCGGCUGGACAACGAAUUUUGGCAUUCGGUUUGCACUUUUGUUGCUCGUGACAGGGAACGAAAAUAUUAACGUGAUUUUUCAUCAUGUAUAUAACGUGCAAGUGUCUUAAUGUCUCGAUUAAAACGAGGCUCAACCAACUGGGGGACUUCACUCAGGAAAUUCGGGACUUUGAGAAGUCUCAUCCAUUCUUUCAACAAAAUUUGGCGACUGCUGUCGAGCUCGAGGGCAUCAGCAAGGAACAAUCAGGCCUCGUUGAAAGCACAAAUGUUGGCUCUUGGAUCGUCAAUCGUUGUCUAAAUUGCUCUAUAUAUACCCACGCCGUUCAUCGAGAACACGGAGCUGCCUUGGUUGUCAUCAACACUGACAUGGUGAUGUCUCAGGAGGAGAUUGAGAAACUGAAAACUAGUCCAACCUACAGUUCAAUAUUCAGAGUAGUGAUAGAUCGUGGUCUUGAUACUGGCGAUCUUCUGCAAGUACCUACAAAAUAUUCCGUCUCUCAGCUGUCGAACAAUUUGCAAUUAGCACUAACGAAUCUUCAGCAGCAAUUGGAGCAGGUUGUUCACAGGAAGGCAACGGAGAUUGAGGAAAAAAUUCGUGCUUUCACAGCUGAACAGCACCAGCUGCUGGAGCAAUUUCGGGAGGAGGCACAUUACGAGCAUCGACUUCUUGCUAGAAUAAUCUGUGAUCAACAAAAAAAUAAAACGACGAGCGAUGUUAAGAGUGAUCCUGCUGUGACUGAUGUGACCCCAAAUUUCAUUGCGUCACCCUUGAAAUUUAAUAAUCCUGAGACACAUGGCGCACCUCACAGGGCCGGAGUAACGAGCGAUAGUCUUAGACAUGAGGCUGCUACGAAACAUCCAGCUCAUAUUCAUUUGAAUGGAGAUGCGGUUGGAAAGGAUAGGAGACUCCGUGCAUUCCAGACACAACCGAGUAGCUACGAUGCUGAGGCACUCUUCCCUCUGGAGGGAAUGGAUGACACAGUAUAUUUGGAACUUUCACACCCCUCAGAGGACGAAUCAGAUACGGAUGGUCAAGAGGAAGGGAUUCACAUUCCGAGAGCACUCAGGGGUGGCCAUCCAACGCUGGCUAAAUCAUUACCCGUCAGUGUACCCAACUUCUCGACCUAUGUCCGUCGAACUAUGCAGGAUCAGGAUGAUGAUCAGAUGCCGAAAGACUCAUUUGAUCCUCAUAAUAUUCGAGCCUCCAUAAAAGCCCUUGCCAAGAGCGUCCACGGUGACACAGUCUUCGGUGAUCUGCCUCGUCCAAGAUUUUCAACUCAGAUCUGACUCAGAAAAGGUCAGUUCUCCCACGAUAAAAUCACUUAUCACUAUCUCGAUAUCCGCAAAAAAAACUUUAAAAUUUGUCAUUAAUCAUUGAGAGUCAUCGAUGAACCCUGAACACCAAUGAAUGCUGCGAUUUGAUCGAGACGUUAAAGAGUCUUGAAUUCCAACUUUGUGGUCUGCUCAUUUUUCCUUCAUUAAUAGAUACAAAGAGAGGAGCAGAUAUAGUCGUUGAAGAGAUAUCGUACGGUUACACUUUCUUGCAUAUUUUUACACGCGUAAUACCCAUUUUUUCGAUCGAUCCAAGUGAUAAUUAUAAUGACACUCCUAAUAACGUGACUGGAUUGAGGCCAGAAACAAGAGGGAAAGUGAUUUUUUUCAGUUACAAUUUUUUUUUUCACUCAAUGAAAAUCAACAUAUGACUGCUAAUUAUAAUUUUUGUUUCCAUUUCUCAUAAUGAAGUUAAAUGCGGAUGAAUGAAUUUGUUUUGUUAAUAAUUAUAAGCAAUUUUUUGAAAUGUGGAAUGAAGGCAAAUUAAUGGGGUCUUUCGAAAUAAUGUGACUUGUUAAUUUGCCGAUUCGCACUCGUGAUGAUUCAAUUAUAAAUUGUUAUUAAGUAGUUGAAAAUCGAUAUGACUCCAUUAAUUACAGAAUUAUUUUUUCAUUUCUCAGUGAUAUCGGCGUCAUAGAAAUCGUACAUUUAAUGGGAAUGAAUGAAUUUCAUUUCUUAAUGAUCAUGAAAGGCAUUCUUUUUUUAAAUUUCCAUUCACAGAUUUUUGGAUUACAAAUGUUCGCUCGGUCGUUAAAAAAUAAUUCAUGGUUAUCUGUUAAUCACAAAAUAUAUAUUUUUUUCAUUUUAUAUUGGUGUUUACAUCAUAUUUAUAUAAACGAUUAAAUUAUCAUGAAUGAAUUAAUGUACCUAGAAGUACCUAUUUAAUCUCUUAAUGAUCAUGAGAUAUAUAAUUUUUUUUUAAUUGCUUGAUGACGGCUAAACAACUUUUGACAGCAGUCAAAAUCGAAAAACUAAUUGAUAAGAACUUUAGGACAUAAAUAAACGUGACUAAGAAUAAGAUUUUGUGAUUUUUGAAUCACAAAAAUUUUUGCUGUUCACUGAUUUAUUUUUUAAAUUUCAUUGAUAUUUCUAUCAUUUUCGGAGAAAUGAUUUAAUUAAUUUGAGCCAAUCAAUGUACUAGGAAGUACACAUUUAAUUUCCUAAUAAUCGUAAGUUUUCUUAAAUUUGCUGGCAAUGGCUAGAUAACGUUAAGACCAGAUUAAUAAGGCCUCGUGAAGUGAUGUGAGUUGUCUAUUGUCACAACUCAAUUCGCCCUUAACUCUAGAAAUUUUUUUUAUGAAGAGGAGCAAUUCUACCCUUGAACUACACAACAAAAUAAUAAAAAAAAAUAAAAAUUAGGGAACAUUGUUGUUUACCUAAUCAAAAACGAUCUCUCCAACAAUUUCAACCAGAUGAAGAGAAAUGCAAGUCAGACAAUGAAGAAAUUCAUAUCGAAAUGAAGUCUUUCAAUCUCUCUGAGAAAUAAAAUAACGAGAAAAGCAUAAUAGUCGGGUUUUUAUAAAUUUGUACUUGCUCUAUAUUAAUCGAGUAAUAGCAGAAUGGUCAGCUCAAGCACAUGAGACACGAUAAUGAAUUCAACAAUUGAAAUUAAAAAUUAAUUGAAUUAAAGUUCAACUUGUGAAGGUUUGCUCGUGAGCAGAGGAAGUGUGGGAACGACUGAACUCAGAUAUCAUCAUGUAUUAUAAAAAAACAAUUUAUUGAGAAAAUUAAUAAUAAAGAGAAUACGACAACGGA